CCUCUGGACCGGGGACCCCGAGACCCCUUCUGAAAGCUCUGCGGAGCCGCAUUGCGACGGGGGCUGGCCUUUCUGAAGCGGGUCUGAGACACAUUGCGAUUAGUUCCGAGGGAAUCAAGACGGGAGAGACGCCUUCGUCCGCGAGGGAGGCAGUUCCCGUCCGGGGAUCUUAGAAACCCUGCGGUCCAUCAUGAAGUUCCAGUAUAAGGAGGACCAUCCCUUUGAGUAUCGGAAAAAGGAAGGAGAAAAGAUCCGGAAGAAAUAUCCGGACCGGGUCCCUGUGAUCGUGGAGAAGGCUCCCAAGGCCAGGGUGCCUGAUCUGGACAAGAGGAAGUACCUAGUGCCCUCUGACCUCACUGUCGGCCAGUUCUACUUCUUAAUCCGGAAGAGGAUCCACCUGAGACCCGAAGACGCCUUGUUCUUCUUUGUCAACAACACCAUCCCCCCCACUAGCGCCACCACGGGCCAGCUGUAUGAGGACAACCACGAGGAAGACUACUUUCUGUACGUGGCCUACAGUGACGAGAGUGUCUACGGGAAGACUCUAUCCCCAAGUGGUGUCUACCUCUGUAGAGUUUUAUGGUAACAUAAGAGUCAGCAGAAAAGAAGUAGGUGGUCAUAAGGGAUCCAUGGCAGGAUUCCACCCACCACCAAACCCAAAUCAUGCCCAGUGUACUGAUUGAGUUAAGUUAGGACUGAGAGGAAGGGUAGAAGAAGCCCAAGCCCAGCAAAGGCCACAUGCAGGAAAUACAGAAAGUUCUAAGGAAUUUUCAUGUUGACAUCAAGGCAUUGGAAAUGGACACCUGUCACUACUGGCAAGUAUUGGGGUGUUUCUGAUAAAGCCAAAUGGAAGCUAAUACUGGAAUUAAGAUAAUGAACUUGAAACUAAAGACUUGCCCACACUACCUAGGAGUGAGAUUGGAUAAAUGUUUGAAAGAAAAACACAUGGCAGAUCCCAGUCCUCCAAACACAUUGGAAGCAGUGGUGCGGGAGACUGUAGGCCAUUGCUAAACCAAAGAAGUGCCUUGAAUUUAGAGGCUGUGCCUCCCCCAGGAGGCCUUUGCUUAUUUUGGUCCUGCUUAUCUCUAGAUUUUCCUGGUAGAAGAAGUUUAUCCUUGGAUGGGACAUUACAUACCAUAUUAGACCAGCCCUCUGACCUAGGUGCAUAAAGUUCAGACAACUGAGAUCAGAGACAAAGGCAGGCUGGAUAUUUCAUUGUUCUCAGUUGGAUACGAUGCUCCUUCCUGCACAUCAGUAGCUCAGCAUCAUUUCCCUGUUUCCUGCUGGUCAAGCUUUAAAGCUUCUUAGCACCCUCAGUCCAUUGUGAGUCA